AUGACCCAUAAAUCCAUCCCUGUGAUUGCAGGCACUGAUGGAUGGGUUCCACCUCAAUUGGAGCUUGCUUGUCCUCCUCAGGCUUCCUCCUCGCGUACCUUUUUCCUCAAACUCUCCAUUGUUUUGGUCGGUGGCUUCGGGGCUAUCAUGUACUUUGCUAAAAGUGCAAACAUGGAGUGGCUAAGCAGCAGCAGGACGUACACAGCUUUCCCCGCACCAGAGACACAGGGAAGAAGCAUUGGAAGAGUUGGAACUCCGACAGAGCUUCCAGAAGUGGUGCCCCGCUACCAAGCACCAUCCUUAGUGCAAUUCUAA